GGAGGAAAGCGUAGCCAAGGACGAGUUCAUCCGCCUGCCGCAGAGCAGUUAGGCCUUUUCGACUAAUGCGCAUCCAUAGCUAAAGAGAGGCAAUAUUUUUCUCUUUGUUUUCGACCUCACUAUAAUAGGUAUAUACUUCCGAACCUGGGUUAGGUGGCGCUACGGAUGCAACUGAGCUGCUCCGCUCGCGGAAACAAUUGAAGAUGACGCCUCCAGGUAGCGCGGUCGCGUAUUGGGGCGUUGCCUCCGGGUAUACGGGCUGCGAAGAUUUUCGCUCCGGUGCAUUUGUGCGCACAAGCCUGUGGUUCAGUGGCACAACAGCCUCGAAAACACGAAGGGCCGACGCGUUCCUCGGGAAAUUCUACGUAUUUCCGGGCAGGUAGUUCAAAAAAAAAAAGAAAAGAGGAGACACUUGUGCACCACUGCUGUUGAUGGCAGUCAGAUGGAGGUGGACUCCGGAAAAGGUGUACCACUGGGUGCUGUCUUACUCUGCUUUCGCCUAUGUCCUCUGGCGGUUCGCGACCACCGAACAGAAAAACUUUCUUCUGGAGCAUCAUUGGAGUUACUUCAACGACAGUCCUUUCGGUCUUAAGCAAAAGCAGGACGCUGUCAACUGGGAAUGGCAGACCACAAAGUACGUCAUGGCCACUGCGUGGAAGUGGUAUCUGCUGCAUCCUGUGCUAGGUCGGGUGACAGCCUGUGUCGCACCGUCGCUGGUUUCCGUCUUCUACGCUGCCUACUCCUUCCUCUUCGUCACCUUCACCUUCGGCUGGGAGGUGGCGCUGCUGUUCGUGGGACAACACGCCGUGUUCUACGCCGUGGCCACGCUACACAGUCCAGCGCUGUGCUACGUGGCUGCUGCCCUGAUCCACUUCCAAAAGUUUUUCAUUCCUUUCGAUGCAUACGAUUACAUGUACGCGAGGUACGGCCUGAUGCCCUACAUGGCAGCCUACGUCACUUUCCAUUGGAACAUCUUGCGCGGCCUCAGCUUCAGUCUGGACUACGUUCAAGCCGAGCGCGAGAGGAACACCGGGGACAGUCAGCGUAGAUUGCCGCCGUACUGGAAGACACUGGGCUACCUGUUGUACCUGCCCAUGGUCUACCUGGGGCCACCACAGAGGUACAACGACUACAUAACCCAGUUGGACAAGCCAAAACCCAGCUGCACGCCCCGGGUGAUUGUGGUUGCCAUCGCCAGGUUGCUUCAUUGCGGGGCCCACUACCUCCUCAUGGAACUCAUGAGCCACUUUUUUUACGGUUCGGCGAUGUCCAACUUGCCCUGGAUGGGGGAGAAACUGGAUCUCGCCAGCCUGGCGGGCUACGCCCUAUCCCUAGAAUUUCGUUACUACGUGUCCUACCUAUUUACGUACGGCUUUGCCGGCGCCCUGGCCAAAGCUGAAGGCAUCGAGGUCCCGGAAAGUGCACCCUGCAUAGCCAGGCUGCACCGGUGCUCGCGUUUCUGGAGGUACUUCGACCGUGGCAUGCACCUCUUUAUCCGAAGGUACAUCUACGAGCCGGUCUUAGGUGGCAAACGCACAGCGGUCCGGCUGGUGCUGAGCACGGCGGUGGCCUUCACCUUCACCUGCACCUGGCACAACCUGUACUCGCACAACGCCGUCUGGUGCGCGCUCAGUGCGCUCGGCAUCGCGCUCGAAGUGAUCACCAUCGAAUUGAGAAAGUGGACGCCCGUCAAGAAGUUCGAGGGCCGCUACCUAGAGUCGGCUGAGCGGAUGCGAGUGGCCAGGGCCUUGCUGGGAUCCCCGCACUUCCUGCUCACCAUUUGCGCCUGCCUCUUCCACUUGGCAGAGCUCGACACAUGCCUCGUCAUCUGCAGAAGGAUCUUAACCGGCUUUCCUUUCCCUCUGGUCCCCAUCUUGGUGGUUAUGUACAGCCUCUGCCAUGUUUCCAUGGACGUGGCGGACUGGGAAGCAUCGGCCAUUUCCAAGAAAAAUCUAGUUUCUUUGUGAACUUCUUAACCGCACCACGUUACAAAACUGCGUCGAUUCAUUGUUGCUUUUCUUUGUUUUCUUUUUUGUUUUCUUUUCGCUUUGCCUUUUUUUUUUCGCCGAAGCUAUACAUGUGAAUUUUACAAUGGUUAUCGUGCUGUGACGGCCAGCAAAAUGUACAACCUAAAAAUAUUUACCCCUUUAACGAUUCUAAUUUACCCAUGGCUAACACCCUUACUCUGAAGUCUAUAAAAUAAUUUAUUGUACAAGACAAAGAGCCCUAAUUACGCCUGCAAUGAGGGAAACAGUAGUUGUAAACCAUGUACAAAUUAUGGUCACAUGUUGCACACCGAAAGGUCUGCAGCGAUAGCUGUUAAAGAUUAUUGCAUGCAGUUUUCGUGCCGCCUGUGGCAGCAAUCGUCAUCUUUACAUGUCGCAUGAAGUGGUAAAAAAAAACAUCACCUGUCUCAAUAAACGAUUCAAUCUUACCCUUGAAGCUGAGGGUGUUAAUCAUUAGAUAACCCACCAAGCACUCCCUAUACACCCAUCAUGGUUCUAAAAUUUUUAGCGUGCCGUGGCAUGGUUGGUAUUGAGCAGGCAUAGGUACAUUGCACACAGCC